AUGGCUAUGGCUAUUGUAUCACAGUUGAUAGAAUUAAUCAAGAAAUCAUCUGAUGAUAAAAAUGUCGAUAUAUAUUUGUUAUUUAAAGCAAUCGGUCGAGACUAUUAUAUCGAUUCCGUACGAAUCAGCCAUUGGCAAGUAGUUUGUCAUUUUAAAGAUACGAAUCGAUACAAAUGUUACGAAUUACAAACCGAUAAUGGUGAUAAAGGAGGUCGUAUUAUUUAUCGAAUUUCCAAUUUCAAUUUUGAUGGUGUUAUCUAUUACUAUUAUAUUGGUCAAUGCAAUACAAAUGAAGCAGAUUUAGAACAAAAGUGUAAGACGAUUAAUAUCAACAAUCAACACUAUGCACUAGGUUUUAGAGAUUGUCAAACAUGGGCUAGAUUAUUAAUUGAAAGUUUAGAAUUGUCUCUUAAAGGCGCAGGACCAUUUUUAAUGAAAUAUUUUCCUGUUUCAAAUAUUGAAUGGAAUGUAGAUCCUGAUUGCACAAUAUCCGCAAGGGUUAUUGAUUUCAUUGUUGAACAAGACCCUACAUUAAAAUCUUGGUUAUCACAAGUAAAACAUUGUCGUGGAUAUAGAAACUUGAGUUGA